CAAACUCGCCGUGGCGACAACCGUUGGCGAUCACCCCAAAGAGAGCAGAAGAUUCAUCCUCAUCCAAAAGCACUUCGAAGAGACAAGGAGCUCCCUUCAUUACAGAAUCGACAUUGAUGACGAAUGCAUGAAUUGAACUUACCGGCUGCCUUUGGACAACGUUUUUAUCUGUUCUGCAGAUCUUUCAGUAUAUUUAUUCAACUAAAUGAGAUAAGGAAUUUAUUGUUUUGCAUUGAAGAAGUCAUUGUGGACUCCGUUAAAAGACAUAUCUGUGCUUGCAAAUUGUGGUUGCAUUGUGUUCCGUUGACAUUGAUGAUUGUUAAUAAGGUAUCAAGUCUCGAAAAUGUGACAACAAUUUCAAAAGAUAAUAUCGUAUCAAAUCAUUUUAACAGAUUGUAAUAAUUUUUUUUUCUCUAUGAAAUUAUCGCAAGGAUCAUCGUUUAAAAUGAUUGAUGUUGAGUGCACGUUUUAAAUUGGACUUUUUUCAAAAAAAGUUUUGGACUGUAAGAAAGAUUUGUUCAAGUAAUCGUUAUUGAAAAUUAUAAUUCUGGUAGAUCUAUUGUAAUGUUCAUGUGAAAACUGUGUUCAGACUAGCGACAAUAUGAUGGACCGAGACGACUGUAAACAUGAAUACGACGAUGACCUGGACAAUGCAUCAUCGAGUGGGGGUUCUCCCAGUAAUUGUGAUGGACUUUCUCCAGAAAGUGGCCAUGGAGGCAUGGCAGAUGCCUUAGAUGCGAACCCACGUAUCCAGGCUGCUGUUUCUAAAGUUCUACAGAGCUAUGACUGGUCACUGGUCGCCAAAACAUCGCGCCUGAGUAGCGGCGACAAGAGAAAAUCACACGUGAAGCGCCCCAUGAAUGCCUUCAUGGUGUGGGCGCAAGCGGCACGCCGUAAACUCGCCGAUCAGUACCCCCACCUCCACAAUGCUGAGCUGAGCAAAACACUCGGUAAAUUAUGGAGGGUUUUGGGCGAUGACGAAAAAAAGCCUUUCAUCGAAGAAGCUGAGAGGCUAAGGUGCAAACACAAAAAAGAUUACCCCGACUACAAGUAUCAACCCAGACGCAGAAAACCACCAAAGAGUUCCUCAACUUUCAUAUCACAGGAAAAGUCUUCUUCCGUUGACCACCUAACUGCUACAGCACCGGAGCCCUGCCAGCCGGAGCCCCUGCACGAAUCCUCCAAGUACUAUUCUUCAGCCCUGCACGGUUCCAGUCGAACUUCCGGCUCUCCUCCCACCCCACCAACGACGCCCCUGCAAGCUGGGGCGGCUGGCUCUAGAUAUUCUACACAGCACCAUCUUAGAGAAGAUCACCCGUCGCAACACGUAGGCCAUAGCAUAUCAGAACUCACUAAUAGAGGUCAUGAACACAACAACAACAGCGGGCUUUCUUCUCCAACUAUUGGGGUCACAUCAAACUCUAUAAUACCUACCACCUCAAGCUCUAGAAAUGGGCCCUGCAAAUAUGCAACCACCACUGUCUUAGAAUCUUCAACCACCUCAGUGUCUCCUAAUGGGGCCACCCUUGGCCCACCCCCUCCAACGGCAGACCCUUACGUUCAUUUCGGUCUGGCUCCACCUGGAGCACCUCACCACCAAUACGCACAUCACCUACAGCCACCAGGACCUCCUGGACCUCCUGCAUGGAAUCGAUUCACAGAACAAUUUUCACAGAGGGUGGGAUGUCUGCCAUCUGGUGCUGCACCAAGAGAUCAUCAUCACCUAUCCGGUAAUGAACAUCACUUAUUAGGAGACUUGGAUAAGACCACUUCUGGAGUGGCUGGAAGUGCUGGUCAGCUACCCCAGCAUCAUCAAUCCACACUUGAUUUGUACAGGAGUAACUAUAGUACCCCAGAAUUUCACCACAGCAAUCGAAGGGUGAACUCACAUCAGUCCGGUGCAUUUUUAGACACUGCCAAUGAAUCCGGCUUCGGCCAUUGUGCUUCAGCGAAGACUUUUGCCCCAUCUGCUGGACUUUUGACCAUGCAGAGUUGUCCGGUUUUCGGUCAUAUGGUUCCAGCAACUCAAGAACAAAGUAUGUUUUCUACAGUUUCAGAUGGACGUUCGAUGACUGAUUCCGUUGCCGGGUCAUGUGCUUACAACCCUGGACAUUCUCUUGGUCAUUUUUUACAACCUAAAUAAAUGGUCAAAUUUUAUCAAAGUUCAAAAGAAAAAGAAACAUAUUCUUUAUUUUGCACUGCGUCACCCAUUUUGUUUUCCUGCUCUUUUUAUAUUGUGUAAUUUCUAUUGUAAGUAAUGAGAAAUUGAUUCCCAAAGCUUCGUUUGUUACAUAUUGAUGUGCCUUGUUAUAAAGUUCUGAAUUAAAAUACUAAAUGAAAA